AUGUCAGAGCCAAAAGUAGAGUCACCAUUCACGAUCGGUGCCUUGGGGAGCAGGGGCACUGGAUUAUCCUGGCUCUCCAACUCCGGAAUUAUCAAGCUCAACUUAAUACUUGUGCUUUUACAAAUCUCGAGUUACGCAACAGGCUAUGAUGGAUCCAUGAUGAAUGGGCUGCAGUCCCUCACCACCUGGAAAACCUCUUUUAACAACCCUGGACCUUCUGAGCUUGGUCUUCUGAAUGCAAUCCAAAAUGUUGGCCAGCUCAUUACAAUGCCUAUCUGUGCCAUCAGUUGCGAUAGGUUCGGCCGUCGCCCGGUGCUAUUUGCUGGUGCCUUCGUUCUUUUAGUUGGAGUUGCCCUCCAGGCCGCAGCACAGAAUGUUGGUAUGUUUAUUGCAGCCCGAGGGAUUAUUGGCAUGGGUCUCGUUUUGAAUAUCACUGUGGCGCCGCUUCUCCUCCUAGAGUUGGCCUUUCCCAGACAACAGGGACCAAAUGUAGCAAUAUACAACAGCCUUUGGAACCUAGGUGCUUUGGUUGCAGCGUGGAUCACCUACGGCUCAUUUCGAAUCGGAAACACAUGGGCAUGGCGGCUUCCUUCGCUCCUUCAGGGCGUCUCCAGUGUGCUCCAGAUUGGGUUCUGCUUCUUGAUUGAAGAAUCGCCUCGAUGGCUUAUUAGCAAAGAGCGUGAUGAGGAGGCAAGGAAACUCAUUUGCAAGUAUCAUGCCAACGGCGACGACUCCGAUCCUUUGGUCACACUGGAGAUGGAGGAAAUUCGCAUUGCCCUUCAACUCGAGAACGAGGCGAGACGAACCACCUCGUACUUGACAUUCUUCCAAACCAAAGGUAAUAUCAGACGCUUUUUUAUUAUUCUUUCUGUGGGCUUUUUCUCACAGUGGAGCGGUAACGGCCUGAUCUCCUACUACCUCACAUUAAUUCUCAACUCGAUUGGGUACACAGCGGAGAGCACCCAGACUUUGAUUAACGCACUUCUCACACUGUGGUCAAUGAUUUGGAGCUUGGUAUUCUCUUCUAUAAUGAAUCGGUUUGGCCGGCGAACGCUCUUCCUUAUCUCAACCGCAGGUAUCCUGGCCGUCUAUAUUGUCUGGACUGGUCUCGAGGCUACGUACGAGAAGCAGUCGGCAGAUGGAACUGGGGGUGACGGCUACGCGAAGGGUGUUUUGGCCAUGAUCUUCUUAUACAAUUUCUUUUAUUCCGUCGGCUGGACGCCUCUGCAAGUUACCUAUUGCAUCGAAAUAUUACCAUUUGACUUGCGCGCCCGAGGUCUCGUUCUGUAUAACCUCUUCGUUGCACUUGCUGGUAUCUUUAACCAGUACGUGAACCCGAUUGGCGUUACCAACAGCACGUGGAAGUUCUAUAUUACCUACGACGUGUGGUUGGCCUUUGAGCUCGUGGUGGUUUACUUUCUGUUUGUAGAGACUGGCAGUCUCAGUCUGGAAGAAACUGCCGUCAUUUUGGAUGGAGAAGAGUACGGAGACAAGUUGGUCGAAGUUGCUUUAUCUACAGCCGAGCAGAAAAUUGUCGAGAGAGCUAAGGUACAGGCGAUGACCAAUAGUGGGAUAGUGUCAGAGAAAUCAUAG